AGAAUCUUGGGGGAGAGUAUUAUGACGUCAUAGAAGAGCUGAGAGUUUAGAGGGGAGGGAAGCAGAGCACUUGGGUCAGAAGACUUUGGCUUCUGAUAGUCAUGGACUCACUAGACUGCUGAGGAAGAUCCAGCAUCUAUCUAUCUGCUGAAAACAUCCAGGAAACUACUUUUAACACCGGGAAACAAGAAUGGAAGUAGUGAACUAAGAAGAGCCUGAGGAAGAAUUGUAUUGCCAGAUCAGGAACUCCAACUCUUAAAGAAGAUGAGCGAACCAUCCAAAACCAACCAGUGCUCCCCUCCUCCAUGCUGCCCACCAAAACCAUGUUGCCCACCCAAACCAUGCUGUCCGCAGAAACCUUGCUGUCCCAAGUCCCCAUGCUGCCCACCCAAAUCCCCAUGUUGCCCACCAAAGCCCUGUCCCUGUCCGGCCCCCUGUCCUUGUCCAGCCACCUGCCCUUGUCCGCUGAAACCACCAUGCUGCCCGCAGAAGUGUUCGUGCUGCCCCAAAAAGUGUACCUGCUGCCCACCGCCUCCAUGCUGCGCUCAACCCACCUGCUGCUCUUCGGAGAACAAGACUGAGUCAGAUUCUGAUACAUCUGGCCAAAGUCAGGAUAGGGGCGCUCAAACCCAGUCCCCUCAAGGUGCUGGCAAUUGGAACCAGAAGAAGUCAAAGUAGACUGUCCCUGACACCAUGCCCUUCCUCAAAGGGUCAGGCUAAGACUAUGUUGUAAAGAUGCUGUUUCCACAAUAAUCAUCAAGUCCACUCAACCAUAAGCUACCAUUUCGACCUAACCAUAGGUUACUAUUGUAACUGGAAAUGGAAGGUAGAAAAGGAUAGAAACAUCUUGUCUAGUGAUCCUGACAUUUAGAUAGCAAAGAAAUAAAAGAGCAAAU